UAUUAGGUGUUGGUUUGAAAUGUCAAGACCAAAAAGAUCAAAAUGAAGAUGGUUUAUUUAAUCGAUUUAUAAUUGCUGUUGCAUAUAAGCAUCGUCCUAAUCGUGAAACAAUUGAACCAAAUAAUAAGAUACCAAAGCUUGCUCAUUUAUUUUAUUUAACUAAAAAACUUCAUCGUAAUACAGAAGAAUAUAUUUAUGACGAUGAAGCAAAAAAGUUUAUAAAAGACGUAAUUUAUAAUUAUGAUAUGUUUUCAUCGGAUAAAUCCAAUGAAGAUGAUUUUCUAGCAAGUUGUUAUCAAAAAUCAAUGGAGCGAGUUGAACGUUUAUCACUUGCUCUGCAUAUUUUUAAAAUAUGUUCUCGUCGUUUAUUUAAUAUGGUGGAACAUGUUGAAUCAUUUGGUGUUCUCAAUGAUCAAUUUAAAACAAUAUGUACAGAACAAGAAUUAAAUGAAGGUGAUCAUGUAAUUGAUUAUGACACGUGCUUUCGUGCUUCUCUAUUAACCAAAUUUUAUCUUAACCAAACCAAAAUACUUGCCGGUUAUGAUCCAUUCACAGAUCAUAUUUUAAUAAAUAAAAAAUAUACUAUGGAUGUACCUGAAAGUGAAGUAAAACAUAUAAAAAAAUACAUUGAAAAUCAUCCAUCUGAUCGUCUUCUUCUAUCAUCACUUCCAGCUAAUUUGAAAAGAAAAAUAAGUAAAGAUCAAUAUUUAAAUAUACUUCGACAAAUGGAAGAAGAAGGCAAAGGUAAAAUUGAAGAAACAAACAAUACAACAGGUCCGAAAGCAAUUGUGUUUAUAAAAAAGAAAAAAAUUGAACAACAACCAAAUAUAGCUUCAACAACAAAUCAACAACAAACAAAUGAAAUUUCAUUAGUAAAUCAUCAAGAAACAAAUGAACCUUCAUCAACAAACCGAUCUGCUAAUUGA